AUGUCGGACUCAUCAUCCUCAGAUAACGAAGAUGAUCAAAAAUUUUUGGUUAGGAAAAAGAAAGUGUUAAAGAAAAAAAAAGAUGAAGAUGCUGCAAAGACUGAAGAAGGAGAAGCAGAAGAGGAGGAAAAAUCAUUUGCCGAGUUGGGCGUAAGUCAACCAUUGUGCGAAGCUUGUGAGCGUCUGGGUUGGACAAAACCCUCUAAAAUCCAGCAAGCUUCCCUUCCUCAUGCUUUAGCUGGAAGAGAUGUAAUUGGCUUAGCUGAAACUGGCUCGGGAAAGACUGGAGCAUUCGCAAUUCCCGUUCUUCAAUCACUCCUCGAUCAUCCACAAGCAUUUUUCGCGUUAGUUUUAACUCCAACUCGAGAACUUGCUUUUCAAAUUGGGCAACAGUUUGAAGCUCUUGGCUCUGGAAUUGGACUUAUUGUUGCUGUUAUCGUUGGUGGCGUAGAUAUGGCUGCCCAAGCAAUGGCAUUAGCUCGUAGACCCCAUAUUAUCGUCGCAACACCUGGACGUCUUGUAGAUCACUUGGAGAAUACGAAAGGUUUCAAUUUGAAAGCACUCAAGUUCCUAAUUAUGGAUGAGGCUGAUCGUAUUCUCAAUAUGGAUUUCGAAGUCGAACUCGACAAAAUCUUGAAAGUAAUUCCUAAAGAACGAAGAACAUAUCUAUUCUCGGCAACAAUGACAAAGAAAGUUUCGAAAUUGGAAAGAGCUUCGCUUCGAGACCCAGCUCGUGUGAGCGUUUCGACGAGAUACCAAACUGUCGACAAUCUCAAACAGCAUUACAUAUUCAUUCCCAAUAAAUAUAAGGAGACCUAUUUAGUAUAUCUAUUAAACGAACAUGCUGGAAAUACUGUAAUCGUCUUCUGUGCUACAUGCGCGGCUACAAUGCAGAUUGCAGUCAUGCUAAGACAUUUGGGAAUGCAAGCAGUUCCACUUCAUGGACAAAUGAGUCAAGAGAAGAGAUUGGGGUCCCUCAACAAAUUCAAAAGCAAAGCAAGGGAAAUUCUGGUUUGCACCGAUGUUGCUUCAAGAGGUCUCGAUAUUCCUCAUGUUGAUAUGGUUAUCAAUUAUGAUAUGCCUUCGCAAUCAAAAGAUUAUGUGCAUCGAGUUGGUCGCACAGCUCGUGCUGGUCGAUCCGGUCUAGCCAUUACAAUUGUGACUCAAUAUGAUGUCGAAGCUUAUCAGAAGAUUGAAGCAAACCUUGGAAAGAAGCUUACAGAAUAUCCAUGUGUUGAGAAUGAAGUGAUGGUGUUGGUCGAAAGGACUCAAGAAGCGAUUGAAGCAUCAAAGGUUGAGAUUAAAGAAUCAGAAGAAAAGAAGAAGUCAGGCAAGAAAAGGCGCGGUAACGACGAUUUUGGCGACACUGAAGAAUCCGGCGGCAAGUUUAGCAUGUCUAUCAAAAACAAAUCGAAAAACGGAAAAGGUUCCCAAUUGAAAAAGAAGAAGUUCCGUUCUUGA